UGUGUUUGUGUGUAUGUGUGUGCGCACGUAGAACCCAGCCGGGAUACGCCAUCGCAGAGCACGCGAUAAGAUGACGGGGAAGCUACCCGCGGUGCUGCUUCUCCUGCUGGUGCAGCUGAGCUCGAGCAGGGCGAACGUCGCCACCCAGAGGACUAAUGUCCACAAUGAUCCCCUUGUGGUGGAGACGACCAGCGGUCUGGUACGUGGUUUCUCACGUACGGUGAUGGACAGAGAAGUACACAUCUUCUACGGGAUACCGUUCGCGAAGCCCCCGAUCGGUCCCCUAAGAUUCCGUAAGCCACUGCCUAUCGAGCCCUGGCACGGUGUGUUGAACGCGACAGUGCUACCGAACAGCUGCUACCAGGAGAGGUACGAGUACUUUCCUGGCUUCCCAGGCGAGGAAAUGUGGAAUCCAAACACAAACAUCUCGGAGGAUUGUUUGUACCUGAACAUCUGGGUGUCCCAGAAGUUUCGUCUGAGACACAAAGGAUCUGAACCACCGAAUAAUGGGGAUCGAAAGGGUGUUCCUCUUUUGGUCUGGAUCUACGGAGGAGGAUUCAUGACUGGGACGGCCACGUUGGACGUCUACGACGCUGACAUCAUGGCAGCCACCAGCAACGUCAUCAUCGCCUCUAUGCAGUACAGAGUUGGCGCUUUUGGGUUUCUCUAUCUGAACAAGCAUUUUGCAAAUAGCGAAGAAGCUCCUGGGAACAUGGGCCUCUGGGACCAGGCUUUAGCGCUCAGGUGGCUGAGGGACAAUGCUGCUGCGUUUGGAGGCGACCCUGACCUGAUCACCAUCUUCGGGGAGUCCGCUGGCGGUAGCUCGGUGUCCCUUCAUCUGAUCUCACCUGUGACUAGGGGUCUGGUCCGUCGUGGGAUCCUACAAAGUGGGACAUUGAACGCUCCGUGGAGCUACAUGACUGGGGAAAAGGCUAACGAAGUGGCCAGGGUGCUGGUCGACGAUUGCGGCUGCAAUUCCACUUUGCUCCAAGAGAAUCCAGCCAGAGUGAUGGCCUGCAUGAGGUCCGUGGACGCGAAGACCAUCUCUGUACAGCAGUGGAACAGCUACUGGGGCAUUCUUGGCUUCCCAUCUGCACCCACCAUCGACGGGAUCUUCCUGCCCAAAGAUCCACUCGAGUUGCUGAUGGAGGCUGACUUCAAGGACACGGAGAUACUGAUCGGGAACAACAAGAACGAGGGGACAUACUUUAUCCUGUACGACUUCAUCGACUUCUUCGAGAAGGAUCAGGCGAGCUUCCUGGAACGCGACAAGUUUCUCGGUAUCAUCAACACCAUCUUCAAGAACAUGUCUCAGAUCGAACGGGAGGCGAUCACCUUCCAAUACACCGACUGGGAGCAGGUGGACAACGGUUUCGUAUACCAGAAGAUGAUCGCUGACGUGGUUGGCGACUACUUUUUCAUUUGCCCGUCGAUACAUUUCGCUCAACUGUUCGCGGACAGGGGGAUGAAGGUCUACUACUAUUUCUUCACCCAGAGGACCAGCACGAGUCUGUGGGGCGAGUGGAUGGGCGUGAUGCACGGGGACGAGGUGGAAUACGUGUUCGGGCAUCCUUUGAACACCUCGCUGACCUACAGCAACAACGAACGGGACCUGUCCCUCAGGAUGAUCCUCCACUUCUCGAAUUUCGCCUACUUCGGAAAACCAACGCGUGAGGAGUCUGAGUGGCCGCCAUAUUCGAGGGACAAGCCACAGUAUUUUAUUUUCGACGCGGCGGGGACCUCGCUUGGCAAAGGGCCCCGGACCACGUCCUGCGCCUUCUGGAACGAGUUUCUGCCCAGGCUGAAGGGCAUACCAGACCCAGCUCCAGAAGCGUGCAACAGCGCAGUGGCGAUAGUGUCCGGGGCGACGUCCGAUCACGGGAACACGCUGACGAUCACGGUCCUCUCGUCGAUCCUGGUGUUAUCCAGGGUCAUUUAA